GCGGUUCGGGGGGCACUGACUUCGUUCCAGCGAGCGAUGUGCAGAUGGACGAGCUACGCACGAAGUCGAGAGUGUCGCGUCAUGUGACGCAGGGUCAGAGGUUGGGAACAUGGGAGAAGAGGCAUGGGGAUUAUAAGUUGCACAACAAUUAUUGCAAGCAUGUCUGUCAAGGAAAUUUGUAUAAGUCACAGCGCCACUUCACGCAAUUGAAGAGGUGCGCGGCGGCGAUGAUGGACAUGUUUGUAGAUAUUUGGAACCACACAGACUACGAGUUCAACCAGCGACAUCACCGUGGUAUCGUGGCUUACAUGAGGGAGCACGAUAUCGCGGAUAGACAAGCUGUGGACGUCCAGCGAGGCAGUGGCAAGGGGAGGACGGGUGCCUCACAGCCGCGACCACAGGAGCGUGAUCCUGUGGAUGAGUUGUGUACUCCUGUCAUCUUUGUCGACGUCAACAAGCGGCGUAGGGUGCUUGGGGCUGUCUUGCGGGGGGAGGAUGUGAAAGGGAGUCGGCGACGGUUCUGGAUGAAAAAUGUUUACGGUGCGAAGGGUAACGUUGUUGCCAAUUUAAAGCAGGCGCUGCUGGACAUGGAUUUGUUCGAGGGGUUCGGAGCGGGUGCUGUGAACAGCCCGUUCUACAACGAACUCUUUCGGCAGGAGAAGACAACUGUCGCGGCAGCUGCGGUUGCCGUUGUCCGUCGAUUCCAAGUCGAGAGGGCGGUCGGGCACAUGAAGGCAACGCUUUCGAGGAGGCGGCAGAGACUUUUGCUGCAAACGGUGUUGGACGUCCUGGAUUGCAUUACCACUUCGGAGGCCGUGGUUCAACUGUGCGCUGCUAUCAAGUGCGGUGUGCUUCCUCGGGCGACGCCUCGUUGGUGGAUGAGGCAGAGAGCUGGCAUGACUUGGGAGGAUUUGCGGGUGUGCGAUGACGAGAUAGACGACUACUUCCGGGAAAAGCUCCGUAUGUCCAGGAGAGUGUUCAUGGAGAUCACCGAAGCCUGUGCGGCUCAUUUGCAACGACAUGUUACGUUUUACAGGGAGCCACUUCAGCCGGAGCAGAUCGUCGCGUACAAGCUGUACAGGUGGGUUACAGGAAAGUUAUACGACAAGAACACAUCAUCCUUCGGCAUGGGCAGGGCUUCUGGAGUUCGAGCCGUGCGCGAUGUGAGAAGCGCUAUGUUGAGGGUGUAUGGGGACAAGAUAUCGUGGCCGACGAGGGUGCGAAAACACUUUGUGCUACGGGCGUUUCUGGACAAGGGCUUUCUCGACUGCCAUGGCGCAAUUGACUGCACACACAUCUACGUGGACAAACCGGCGAACGUGCCGAGCGAGAACUACUUCGACCGCAAGCAUUGUUUCUCCGUCAUUGCGCAGGUGGUGGUGGACUUGGAUCUGCAUGUGCUUGACGUGUCCAUUGGAUAUCCGGAAAGCUGCCACAACAUUAGGGUGAUCCAGCUGUCAAGUCUCUACAGGCGCGCAGAAGAAGGAAUGCUGUUUCGUGGGCCGCCUGUCACGCUGCCGGGAGGGGUGAGGACGAACGGAUACAUCUUGGGGGACAACGGGUAUCCUCCUUCUGAAUGGGUGGUGGUUCCAUCUGGAGGAAUGAAUCAGCACCCAGACGAGGAAAGGUUCGACACGAAGAAGAAGGUCGCAAGAGGAAUUGUGUAGAGGGCAUUCGGGAGGUUGAAGGGGAUGUGGAGGCUCUUCUUGCGGACGCACAAGACAAACCUCGACACUCUACCGCAACAGUUCACGGC